UUUUUUCCAAUUUUGAGAUAAGAGGUUUUGGAAUGCGAUCGAAAGAGUGCGCUGGUUCCACCUUGUUGAUUAGAUUGAUUUGACAGUGGAGGGAGUAAUUAAAAUGGGUGAGGAGGGAGGAGAAAUACUUGAAAUGAGGAGGAGGAGGAGUGCCCGAAUAUGGGCAUUGGAAGAGGAGAAGGAGAAGAAGAAGAAGAAAGAAGAAGAGCAAAAGGCAUGCGCCACCAAAUCCAAUGAUGAGAUGAUGAUGAUUGGAUUUGGGGUCCCGCAUUCUGAGGAUUGUGAAGUAGUAGAAGAGCAUCGUCUUAGUCGACCUCCCACUGUGAGGCAGUACGACCGCAGGAGGGUCCGCAAGCGCAAAAGACUUGAAGACGUCGUCGUUACUUCCCUUGCUUACCCAUCUCAUGAUCAUGAAGGACAAAACCAAAAACAUGCUUCAAUCAAAAUUGGAAUUGAUCAACUCCCAAUUUCUUCAUCUCAGCAACGAAUACCACAAGUGCGGGUACUUGAGUUUGUGCUUGAUAUACUACAAAGGAGAGACUCACAAGAAAUAUUUGCCCAGCCAGUUGACCCUCAAGAGGUGGAGGGCUACUAUAGAAUCAUUAAAGAGCCAAUGGAUUUUGGCACAAUGAGGGCUAAACUUCAGGAAGGAAUGUAUACCAGCUUAGAGCAAUUUGAGCAUGAUGUGUUUCUAAUUUCCAGCAAUGCUUUGCAUUUUAAUUCAUCGACUACCAUAUAUUAUAGAGAGGCUCGUGCUAUACAAGAACUGGCCCACCGGGUUUUUCAUGCUCUGAGAAGUGAUCCAGAGAAUUUUGAGUUGGAGUUCUCUCAAACAAGAAGACGCCCGGGCAGGAAACCCCUCGGCGAACCCACUAAGCUUGUUAGAUGUGGCAGGGUCAAUAAUACCGGUGUUUCACCAAAGAGAAACACCCCCAAAACAGCCCGACCAUUUACUUACAAUAAUUCAUUCCCUCAUUUUGACCAAAGAGAGAAGAAAGUUCCUUCUGGGUCAGGAGACGGCUUCGAAACAGAGAGGCGCCGAACAUAUAUGCCUUGGACUUGUUAUUCCAGCGAGAAUGACUCAAUAGUUUCAUCACUCUACAGCGCCCCCAAACCACUUUUUCAUAUUAGUGAUGGGGAUCUUGGAUACAAAGAAAGUCUGAUGCGGUUUGUUAAAGAUUUGGGACCAACGGCUCAAAUGGUUGCCAAUAAGAAAUUAGCAAAAUAUCUGCAGAAUAUUGAAGCUUCAAAUAGUCAGUCCCAGACUCCAAAUUGUCUAGCUCCUGCACCAUCUCUCACGCAGACACAGGCACCUGCUAAUAAUAAUCUGGAUGGCGCCGACAAAGGAAAGAUGGCUUGCAUCGAUAGCACUAAUUCCCUAAGAGACAUGGUACCCUCUUCUGACAUAAUGGGAAUUUGCGGCAAUCCACAAAGGGAAAACGCUUACUUCAAUAACAUAAAAGAUAUUGUUAAGAUUGGUUCUUCGGGAGAAAUAGGUGCCAACGCGCGCGAAAAUAUGGACAUCUAUACUCGUUCUAAAGGAAAAAUGAUUUGCACCAGCACUACUGAUGAGAAUAUGGACCUUCAUGGGAAUGGUCGAUAUGAUACCAAUCAAAAUCAGAACCGAGAGAUUCUUCGGUUAGGCGUACAUUCCCCCCAGCUUAUUGGAAAUGAAAAUAUCAAUAUCAAUAUCAAUAGUACUCCCGCUGGGAUUAAUUGGAACACAAACAUAGGCAGCAAGUAUAAGCCUACAGAUAUGAUGGCCGCCGAAUUACAGUCGAGGCUGCUUGAGUUGAUGUGUAGAAGCAACAAUUAUUCGAACAUAUCUUUCUUGCCUCCACAAGCCUCAAAGUUGUUGGGUACUCAGGCCACCACUUCCAAUAUGCAUGGCUUAGGCUCACAGAAUGAGGGUGGUGGUGGUGGUGGAGCUCAAUCCCUGAAAUGGAGCAGACCCACAAAUACAAUCCAGCAAUUAGCAAUCUGUGAUUUCCCUAAUGUGCAGAUGCAGCUUAACAAAGACAAACUCUUUGGCCAAGGUACGGUAUUGCAGCAAGCAUCACACCUUGAAACAGCUCAUAAAAUGGCCUUGUUACAUGCAAUGAGUUUCUAUGAAGAAGCUACUCCUGAAAGCCACCAAGCAGAGGCUAGUGCACAAUGUUUUCAGGGUAUUCAAGGACAGUCCUUAACUGAUACCAAACACCUUGAUUUGGCUCUUCAGCUGUAACUCAAGCACAGAUUGAGUUAAAUUGGAACUUCAGAAGAUGAGAAUUAAGGAUGAGACAUAUAUAUAUAUAUUAUAACCUUUUCACUUUUCCCCUCUGUUUUAAGUAAUAUUUCAGUUUGUCCAAAUAUCCUCUGC